AUGGCCAAUGCAACCCUUUCAAAUACUCAAAAAGCUGGUUGGGUAUUUGACCCAGAUGGAAGAGGUACAAUGGAUAUUAUUUGGUCAUGCUUACUGGCCUUAUUUGCCUCUACCUGGACUGCUAUGCAUAUAAAUGUUCCUCACGAAGAGGAAUCGUUCUGGGUCGUAUCUCUUCGAAAGUUCAGGUGGGCAACUUGGGCAGUAUUUGCACCCGAACAUGUUACUCUCUUGGCUGCUCUUCAGUGGCAGUCUGCUCGAGCGUCCCGAGAUAAGAUGCGAGAACUUGGUGUUGGUCAUUGGACUAUUGCCCACGGAUUUGUUGCAGACAGUGGGGGCUUCCUACUUUGCGCGCCAGAUUCGCCACGAUUCCCCAUCAAUUCAAGAGCUCUACACUACCUGGUCUCUAAAUUCUAUCUUGAAACGCCCACUAUUGAAGAAAGAGAAAUCAUGGAUCGGAGUAAAAAGGAUCGUCUCGGGAAGGUUUUGACAGUUACCCAGGGUGGAUACUUAUUUGUCUCCUCAAUUGCUAGAGCUGUACAAUCUCUUGAAAUUACUUGUCUCGAGACAAUCACGUUAGCCAUUCUCUUCUGUACCACAAUAUCUUACUUUUUCUGGCUAAAUAAGCCUUUCGACGUUGAAGUUCCUAUACGUCUCGAGUCGAAAGUGUCUAUCUCUCAGAUACUUCGUGAAGCAGAACCGGUCGCUUCUGGCGUCUAUUCUGAUUCUCCUUUAGACUUUGUCGAACAGCCUGGAUGGCGAACUUGGAGACGCAGACCUAUGUUCAAACACUUUGGCGGGCUUUCGCAGAGGCCGGUCAGAAGAAUCCCAAACGACUACGUACUUGAGCCGAAUUUCAAAUUGGCUCUCUUCACCUUAACAGUCACUGUCGUCCAUGCUGCAAUCCAUGUUACUGGCUGGAACUUGAGCUUUCCCACAACGACAGAACAGUUGCUCUGGCAUGGCGCCAGCUUGUGCCUUCUUCUGGACCUUUUCGUUUGGGGUAUAGUGGAAGUCUUGCUCUUGAAACCGGGCCUCGACUUUGAUAUGACACUCCUAGGAAUUUGGGAAAAAAGGUCCUCGAAGCGCGGCUUUUGGCGAAGGUGGGGUCUUGAUGGACCCGCAAUUUUGGGCUCUAGCUUGUAUUUUCUGUCCAAGUUGGCGCUCCUAGUUGGUGCAUUUACUAGUCUCAGACUAUUGCCAGAAUCGGCAUAUCAGACGGUGGAAUGGACAAAAUUUCUACCAAAUUUCUCUUAA